GGCCGGCGGGCAGGCGGGCUGCAGGUCCAGAACAGCUUCCCUGAACCGACUGUCCCCGGCAGGACGUGCCCGUGGGCCGGGCAGGAGCAGAAGAGGGGGGCUGGGCCCCAGCAGGUGCCGCCCGUGGGUGGGGCCGCCCCGCCCUGCCGGCAGGGGUAUAAGGGGAGGCACCUGGCAUGCACCUGUGCAGGGACAGCUCCCGAGGGUGGCAGGCAGGAGCUGCAGGGCCGCCCCCCACCACCACCACCGCCGCACCCCCUCCACAGCAUGAGCUCCUUCGACCUCCAGGCUUCCUCCUCUUCCCGAUGCAGCCCCCAAUUCCCCAGCCUGGGCCAGGAGCCCCCCGAGAUGAACCUGUACUACGAAGGCUUCUUCCACCCCCAGGGCGUGCCCAGCCCACCCCGGGCCCCCGCCUUCGAAGGUGGCAGCGAGUACGGGGCCACCCCCAACCCCUACCUGUGGCUCAACGGGCCAGCCCUGACCCCUCCGCCCUACCUGCCGGGCCCCAGCACCAGCCCCUUCCUGCCCCAGGCCUACGGGGUGCAGCGGCCGCUCCUGCCAGGGCUGGGUGCCGGCGAGCUGGGCUGGCUGCCCCUUCCCUCGCAGGAGGAGCUGAUGAAGCUGGUGCGGCCACCCUACUCCUACUCGGCCCUCAUCGCCAUGGCCAUCCACGGCGCCCCCGACAGGCGCCUGACGCUCAGCCAGAUCUACCAGUACGUCGCUGACAACUUCCCUUUCUACAACAAGAGCAAGGCCGGCUGGCAGAACUCCAUCCGUCACAACCUGUCGCUCAAUGACUGCUUCAAGAAGGUGCCGCGGGACGAGGACGACCCGGGGAAGGGGAACUACUGGACGCUGGACCCCAACUGUGAGAAGAUGUUUGACAAUGGCAACUUCCGCAGGAAGAGGAAGAGGAAGUCAGAUGUGAGUCCUGGCUCCUCCAGCACUUCAGCCCCCGAGAAGGCUGAGGGCGGCCUUCUGGGAGGCGGCAGCCCUGAGGCCGCAGAGCCGGGGGACCUGCUGCGGGGGGACGCCCCAGCCAGCCACAGCCCCCCGGAGAGGCACAGCUCGCCCGGCCCGCCCGGCGCCCCCUGUCUCAACAGCUUCCUCUCCACCAUGACAGCCUACGUAAGCAGCUCAGGGCCCCCUGCCCGCCCUGGGGGUCCCCCAGGACUAAGCCCAGAGCCCGAGGACAAGACAGGGCAGAACGUGCUGACCUUUAGCUCCUACAGCCCUCUUGGCACUCUCAGUGGGCCCGGGGGUGGGGGCGAAUGGACUGGCCCCGUGACCCCCAGCAGCCUGGGCUACGGGGGCUCUGUGCUCAACCCACUCAGCCCUCACUUCUACAAUGGCCUCAGCACCAACAAUGGCCUCUACCCCCGGGAGGGCACCGAGGUCUAGGCGGGGCAGCGGGGCUCUAGGCUGCAUGGACAGUGGGAUGGGGCCUCCCAGACCUAUCUCUGAGGGCUCCCUGACCUCUGACCUGCCCGGCCAUAGGCAGCAGGGCUUUUCUGGAAGGUCCCCGGAGUCUUGUGUCUUCCAUGCUGCACAGGUAUCGGUGCAGUGGUGUCCAGACUGCUGGUGAUGGCUGUUAACUGAGCAGUUAUUAUAUGCCGGUGCAUGCAGGCUCUGAAAAGCCCUGCACCUCUUUCCUGUGUGUGCAGCCAGGUUUCGUGUGGGCUCCCUGUUUAACAGAGAAAGAGACUGAGGCAAUGGAAGCCACUUUCCCAGAGCCCUGCAGACUAGUAAGUGGUGGUGGCUGGAAGCCAGGGUCAAAGCUAGGUGACACCCCCAACCCCCACCCCUCCUCUGCCUCCAUGAGAUGUUCAGGCCAGUGUCACAGUGGACUGUAACAAACUCUCUUCUCCCCACCACCUUCCGGACACCCCUGCAAACUGUGCCCGGCCACACCUGGGCCCCCAUUUACCUGCUGCUUAAAUGGGGGGGGGGGUCACUGGGGCAUGUAAUUCUGAAAGCUCUGAACAUGGCGCCUGCAGGACCCCGGCUGGCAGGUCCUCACCCUCCAUGGUUCAUGGCUCCCUGUGAGAACCAGGGACCAGUGAGCCCACCUGUCACCGUCCAGAAGAAACCAGGCUGCCUCCAUGUUCACUGGGGGCCUUAGUCAUCACGGGGCCCCUGCAGCGGCUCAGAGGGGUCUGUGUGUGCUGUCCCUGGCUGGGAAACAUGCUUGGUUUCCUCCUUCUCUUUGUAAUUAAACACAAAGCCAACGUGCA